AUGCAGCGAAGCCUCGGGGACGUCUGCCACUGCUGGAGGGCCCUCAGCCGCUGUCUGUCUUCCUGGGCUGCGGCACGGGGCGGGACUUCUGCGUCAGCACCUGGCAGCGUCUCGCAGGAGAGCGGAGGAACCGUGGUGGAGCUCCUUGGAUAUAUCCAUGGACUUUGCGGCUGCCUCACUGAGCGCAUGAUGCCAAUCAUGGAGAGGCUGUCAACGCAGGUCCGAUUCUUGACCAGCAUUUCCUGGACAGCUGAGUCGUCUGACGCCGACGAGCGCACUUCACAGGUGCCUUCGUCAAGAAAAACUGGCUUGGAAUAUGGGGACAUUAGCUUUGGGACAAGCAGCUUUCGGAUGACGGACGUCCGGCCCCCGGCCACCCUGUCGCGAGCCUUUGGAGCAUCUGGCUGGGCCUCACCAGGCCAUGGGAUGUAUGGUGAGCCUGGUCCAGAUCCCACGAAUGGGCGGCGGAAGUGGCAUGCCAUGGACGGGGACAACAACAAGGAAAAAGAAUAUCCGCCUCUUGGAGCACACAACACGAAAGAGUACGACGAGCAGUAUGGGCGCUGGUGGUUUCAGAGAAAGGAGGAGUGGCGCCCGAAGCUGUACACCACCAUCGGAAGCCAUGCACGCAGCCCCAAACUCAAGCGGACGAUCCUGAGGAAGUGCUACAACACUCCCAACUUUCGCGCAUUGAAGAUGGACGUGCAUCGCAAGCGAUGGCCCAAGACCCGCGGACUGAACUUCCGCUUCUUCGCAGAGUUCUGUGAAAAGGAGUUCAAGAAGCGCACUUUGCUGGAGACGGCUCACACCUUGCCUUUGUUCGGCGCCGGCUGCAAGUUCUGGCGGGCACCGGACGUCGAGCACCCGGACACCAAGGGGCAGUACUUCGUGGCGGAGUCUGUGGAGUACCGUUUGAGACCCAUCCGAGGUGACAUUCGGGGCACGCAGUAUGUUUUCGGCCGACCCAUCCGGGAUGGCAUCGCACCCAUUGCAAAGUCGCUCGGGUCUUGGCGAUACGAGUUCCCCGCAAAUGCGCACCCUGCCGUCUACAGACCGCCCUUUCCACCGAUGAAGGGCAGCAAGGAGGAGUCCGGGGACGCUGAGGCUGAAUGA